CCGAGGGGCUUGUGGGUAGCGGCUGCGCGCGGCCGGCGACGGGCGCCGCGCGGGAGUGUGAGGGGGCAGCGGGCUGGUGGGACCGAGGCGGCCGCGGUCAUGGGCGCGGGCUGGCGGCAGCCGUAGCGGUCUGACCUGGGCUGCAGCCUCCCGGAGCCGCAGAGGGCGGGGCGCCCGGGCCCCGGGGUGGCGGCGCCGCUUCCCGGCUCGCGCUCUCGGAGCCUGAGGGAGCGAGCUCGCGGCGGACGAGCGGACCGGGCGGCGCGAAUCUGACUGAGGGGCGGGGACGCCGCCGCCUGCUCCUCGCCGCUCGGGCUGGGCCGGGCCGGCCCCUAGGACAGCCCCAGGCCCCGGACCGGCGCUGAGACCCGCAGCCCGAGCUCGAGGCGGCGGUGGGCCCGGGCGGAGCCCCGCCCGGAGCCGGCGGUUCGGGGGCGGCGCUAGGCCCUGAGGCGGCCGGGCCGGAGCGCGGGGAGCGGGAGUGCGGGCCCGGCGGCGGCAUGAGCCGGCCCCCGCCGACGGGGAAAAUGCCCGGCGCCCCCGAGGACGUGCCGGGGGACGGGGCGGGCGCGAGCCGCCAGAGGAAGCUGGAGGCGCUGAUCCGGGACCCGCGCUCGCCCAUCAACGUGGAGAGCUUGCUGGAUGGCUUAAAUUCCUUGGUCCUUGAUUUGGAUUUUCCUGCUUUGAGGAAAAACAAGAAUAUAGAUAAUUUCUUAAAUAGAUAUGAGAAAAUUGUGAAAAAAAUCAGAGGUUUGCAGAUGAAGGCAGAAGACUACGAGGUUGUAAAAGUUAUUGGAAGAGGUGCUUUUGGCGAAGUCCAGUUGGUUCGUCAUAAAGCAUCACAGAAGGUUUAUGCUAUGAAGCUUCUUAGUAAGUUUGAAAUGAUAAAAAGAUCAGAUUCUGCUUUUUUCUGGGAAGAAAGAGAUAUUAUGGCCUUUGCCAACAGUCCCUGGGUGGUUCAGCUCUUUUGUGCCUUUCAAGAUGAUAAGUAUCUGUAUAUGGUAAUGGAGUACAUGCCUGGUGGAGACCUUGUAAACCUUAUGAGUAACUAUGAUGUACCUGAAAAAUGGGCCAAAUUUUAUACUGCUGAAGUUGUUCUCGCUCUGGAUGCCAUACACUCCAUGGGUUUAAUUCACAGAGAUGUAAAACCUGACAAUAUGCUUUUGGAUAAACAUGGACAUCUAAAAUUAGCAGAUUUUGGCACAUGUAUGAAGAUGGAUGAAACAGGCAUGGUGCAUUGUGAUACAGCAGUUGGAACACCUGAUUAUAUAUCACCCGAGGUUCUGAAAUCACAAGGGGGUGAUGGUUACUAUGGGCGAGAAUGUGAUUGGUGGUCUGUGGGUGUUUUCCUUUUUGAGAUGCUGGUGGGGGAUACUCCAUUUUAUGCAGAUUCACUUGUAGGAACAUAUAGCAAAAUUAUGGAUCAUAAAAACUCACUAUGUUUCCCUGAAGAUGCAGAAAUUUCUAAACAUGCAAAGAAUCUCAUCUGCGCCUUCCUAACAGAGAGGGAGGUACGACUUGGGAGAAAUGGGGUAGAAGAAAUCAAACAACAUCCUUUCUUUAAGAAUGAUCAAUGGAAUUGGGAUAACAUAAGAGAGACGGCAGCUCCAGUAGUACCUGAACUCAGCAGUGACAUAGACAGCAGCAAUUUUGAUGACAUUGAAGAUGAUAAAGGAGAUGUAGAAACCUUCCCAAUUCCUAAAGCUUUUGUAGGAAAUCAGCUGCCUUUUAUAGGAUUUACCUACUACAGAGAAAAUUUGUUAUUAAGUGACUUUCCAUCUUGUAGAGAAAAUGAUUCAAUACAAACAAGGAAAAAUGAAGAAAGUCAAGAGAUUCAGAAAAAACUAUACACAUUAGAAGAACACCUUAGCACUGAGAUACAAGCAAAAGAGGAAAUAGAGCAGAAGUGCAGAUCUGUUAAUACUCGUCUAGAGAAAGUAGCAAAGGAGCUAGAAGAAGAGAUUACCUUAAGGAAAAAUGUGGAAUCAGCAUUAAGACAAUUAGAAAGAGAAAAGGCACUUCUUCAGCACAAAAAUGCAGAAUAUCAGCGGAAAGCCGAUCAUGAAGCAGACAAGAAACGGAAUUUGGAAAAUGAUGUUAACAGUUUAAAAGAUCAACUCGAAGAUUUGAAAAAAAGAAAUCAGAACUCUCAAAUAUCCACCGAGAAAGUGAAUCAGCUCCAGAGACAACUGGAUGAAACCAAUGCUUUGCUGCGAACAGAAUCUGAUGCUGCAGCCCGGUUAAGAAAAAGCCAGGCAGAAAGUUCAAAACAGAUUCAGCAGUUGGAGUCUAACAAUAGAGAUCUACAAGAUAAAAAUUGCCUGUUGGAGACUGCCAAGUUAAAACUUGAAAAGGAAUUUAUCAAUCUUCAGUCGGUUCUAGAAUCUGAAAGGAGGGACCGAACCCAUGGAUCAGAGAUAAUUAAUGAUUUACAAGGUAGAAUAUCUGGCCUAGAAGAAGAUGUAAAGAAUGGCAAAAUCUUAUUAACAAAAGUUGAGAUGGAGAAGAGACAACUUCAGGAGAGAUUCACUGAUUUGGAAAAGGAAAAGAACAACAUGGAGAUAGAUAUGACCUAUCAACUAAAAGUUAUACAGCAGAGCUUAGAACAAGAAGAAGCUGAGCAUAAAACUACAAAAGCACGGCUGGCAGAUAAAAAUAAGAUUUAUGAAUCUAUUGAAGAAGCUAAAUCAGAAGCCAUGAAAGAAAUGGAAAAAAAGCUCUUGGAGGAAAGGACUUUAAAACAGAAAGUGGAGAACCUGUUGCUGGAAGCUGAGAAAAAAUGCUCCAUAUUAGACUGUGACCUGAAACAGUCACAGCAGAAAGUAAAUGAACUCCUUAAACAGAAAGAUGUGCUUAAUGAAGAUGUUAGAAACUUGACAUUAAAAAUAGAGCAGGAAACUCAAAAGCGCUGCCUCACACAAAAUGACUUGAAGAUGCAAACACAGCAAGUUAACACACUAAAAAUGUCAGAAAAGCAGUUAAAACAAGAGAAUAAUCAUCUCAUGGAAAUGAAAAUGAACUUGGAAAAACAGAAUGCUGAACUUCGAAAAGAACGUCAAGAUGCCGAUGGGCAAAUGAAAGAGCUCCAAGAUCAGCUUGAAGCAGAACAGUAUUUCUCAACUCUCUAUAAAACACAGGUGAGGGAACUUAAAGAAGAGUGUGAAGAAAAGACCAAACUUUGUAAAGAAUUACAGCAGAAGAAACAGGAAUUACAGGAUGAAAGGGACUCCUUGGCUGCUCAACUGGAGAUCACCUUGACCAAAGCAGAUUCUGAGCAGCUGGCUCGUUCAAUUGCUGAAGAACAGUAUUCUGAUUUGGAAAAAGAGAAAAUCAUGAAAGAGCUGGAGAUCAAAGAGAUGAUGGCUCGGCAUAAACAGGAACUCAGUGAAAAAGAUGCUACAAUUGCAUCUCUUGAAGAAACUAAUAGGACAUUAACUAGUGAUGUUGCCAAUCUUGCAAAUGAGAAAGAAGAAUUAAAUAACAAAUUGAAAGAUGCCCAAGAACAACUGUCAAGGUUGAAAGAUGAAGAGAUAAGUGCAGCAGCUAUUAAAGCACAAUUUGAGAAGCAGUUAUUAACAGAGAGAACACUCAAAACUCAAGCUGUGAAUAAGUUGGCUGAGAUCAUGAAUCGAAAAGAACCUAUCAAGCGUGGUAGUGACACAGAUGUGCGGAGAAAAGAGAAGGAGAAUAGAAAGCUACAUAUGGAGCUGAAAUCGGAACGUGAAAAAUUGACCCAGCAGAUGAUCAAGUAUCAGAAAGAACUGAAUGAGAUGCAGGCUCAAAUAGCUGAAGAGAGCCAGAUUCGCAUUGAACUGCAGAUGACACUGGACAGUAAAGACAGUGACAUUGAGCAGCUGCGGUCACAGCUCCAGGCCUUACAUAUGGGCAUGGACAGUUCCAGUACAGGCAGUGGACCAGGGGAUGCUGAGGCAGAUGAUGGAUUUCCAGAAUCAAGAUUAGAGGGAUGGCUUUCAUUACCUGUGAGAAACAACACUAAGAAGUUUGGAUGGGUUAGAAAGUAUGUGAUCGUAAGCAGUAAGAAGAUUCUUUUCUAUGACAGUGAACAAGAUAAAGAACAUUCUAAUCCAUACAUGGUUUUAGAUAUAGACAAGUUGUUUCAUGUCCGACCAGUUACACAGACAGAUGUAUAUAGAGCAGAUGCUAAAGAAAUUCCAAGGAUAUUUCAGAUUCUGUAUGCCAAUGAAGGAGAAAGUAAGAAGGAACAAGAAUUUCCAGUGGAGCCAGUGGGAGAAAAGUCAAAUUAUAUUUGCCACAAAGGACAUGAAUUUAUUCCUACUCUCUAUCAUUUUCCAACCAACUGUGAGGCUUGUAUGAAGCCAUUGUGGCAUAUGUUCAAACCUCCUCCUGCUUUGGAAUGCCGUCGCUGCCAUAUUAAAUGUCAUAAAGACCACAUGGACAAAAAGGAAGAGAUUAUAGCACCUUGCAAAGUCUACUAUGAUAUUUCAACGGCAAAGAAUCUGUUGGUAUUAGCAAACUCUACAGAAGAGCAGCAAAAGUGGGUUAGUCGGUUGGUGAAAAAGAUACCUAAAAAGCCUCCAGCUCCAGACCCUUUUGCACGGUCAUCUCCUAGAACUUCAAUGAAGAUACAACAGAACCAGUCUAUUAGACGGCCAAGUCGACAGCUUGCCCCGAAUAAACCAAGAUUGCUUGAUUUGGCAUUUAAAGACUGGGAUUGGUCAUUUGAUGAUGUUGAUGGUGGUGAUGAUGAUGACGAUGUUUUUGAUUUCUGAAGAAAUAAAUGGGCUAACUGCUUUCUAUGAAUGCAGUCAUUAUUCAAGGUGAUCCUAUUCUUCCAGUUAAAACAAGACUGAAAUACGAUGGCCCAAAAUUUAUUGAAAGCUGUAUUUUCCUGAGAGACUGAUACACACACAUACAUAUUCCCUUUAUUCCUGCAAUAUAAAUUAUAAAUCUUGGAGAGAUUUUUCUAGGCUCCUUUGGAACAACAGGUUGAACCAGCGGAGAUUGGUUAAUAGAGUAAGAACAUCAUACACAACUCUUCCAAAAGCUCCAUAAAGCUCUCGUGGCGGUCACUCACACUCACACUACAUGGCACAGAGGGUUGAGAAGAGUCAAAGGAGUCAUCUGUUCAGCUUCAGCAGAGAGGUUUCACCAGCAUGUUCGCCGGAAGAAUCGGAACGGAUUUCACUACAGUGAUACAGGCUGCAUCUUUAAGAAGUGACCAUUAUACUGUGUGUGUGUGUGUGUGUGUGUGUGUGUACAUGUACAUACACAUAUAUAGUACUGUAAUACUGCAGGAGGGUUUUUUAACUUCCCACUUUAUUUUUUAUACUCAUUAAUCAGAUAUCAUUACUUACUACAGUUGCAACUAUGCACUUGUAUAAAGCCAUAGCAUUGGGGUUAUACACUCAUCUGUGUGGACCUGAUGGAGCUGCAUGUUCAUGUUGCUGUAACAGAAACUUUGAACUUAAUUAUAUCGGUUUCCUAAUGCUUCAUGAUAGGCAACUUUAUCCAUUUUGAAUGCCUUAAUUUAAUUUUUUCCAAGUCUCAGCCCUUUUCUGUAUUAAAAACAAGUGUUUACCAACUCUUAGAAUGCAAAUUUGCUUUGCAGAAGAAGAUAGUGCACUAUUUUUACAUAUAAUAGUUAUCAAUGUCGGCCUAUUUUGAUUGUCUAACAAUUUUUUAAAGUAUGGUGAUAGAAACAAUAAUGGAUAGUAUUAGAACUAAUAUAUCUUUUAUGUAUAUCUAUUAUCCAUCCAAGCCUUUUUACAGACCUCAGUAUUAGUGUGUGACUAUGAAAUGUUUUCUUUGCUUGGAAUUUGCUGACUACCCUAGAUAUGUUUUUAUUUCUGGUAAGGAUAUUUGUGACUAUUUUUACAUUUCACACUCAACAUUCAAAAAUUAUCUCAAAUAUAAAGAAAACUAAAAUAUACUCUAGAUAUAUUUUAAGUAUUGACAUGUGAUCCCUCAUCCACACAAUUGUGUAUGGCAAUAUUUCAGUAUUGGGUUGUGAAAACUGGUGCCUAGGAAGAAGUGGCCUCAAAGGCACUUAACUUUUUAUUUAAAUGCUGUUAAAAUUGCAGCACAUGCAGGACCAUUCCUGCUGUAUUUCUCAUCCCACAGAAGUCUGUUUUUUACUGUGACAGUAUGCAUCAGUGAGAAGCAUCAGGUAAAAAAUUGUGUAGUCUUUUAUCAGUCUCUAUAUACAUAAACACAUACAGUUUGGUGUGAUACUGAAAUACAGCAUCUGAUAUUUCAAUGAAGGAACUAAGACAUUUUUCAUUGUUCCCUGGGGGGUCAGUGUGGAGAUGUUUAAAGUUAGGUCCCUAGUUAUAGAUACUGUUGUGGAAACUGAAGAGUGGCCUGUGGCUACCGAUGUCCUGAAACGGAAUCUCGUUACUCUUCCCGUGUCGGUCUGCACGCCCUCGUGCUGUCUGUGCUGAAACUCGGCGGCAUGCGGGAGGCGGUCCCUCGCAGGUGUGUUCUGCGGUCCUGGUUUGGGGGCACAGAUUUUUUUAAAGUAAGAUUUUAAAAUGAAAAAUAUAUAAAAUUUAUAUAGAAUAAAUAUUUCCACUCAUUAGACUUGUUAAAAGGAGACUGAAUUAAUAUUUUAUAUAAAGAUUUUGUUACACUAUGGGAGGUUCUAUCAUAUUAUUCUGAAUUGGAGAGUAUAUAUAUAUAUAUUUUUAAUAAACUUUAUUAAGGUAAAAUAAUUUGAAGUUUACACAUGAAUAAUUGAAAUAUUUGAGUAAAAAUGGCAAAAGUUUAAAUUUUAAAUGCUGUAUAUAUUAGAGAAUAUGGAGAAUCAUGGUGUGAUGCAACUAUACAAGGAAGAUCAAUGUGACUGUUGGGGAUUGGGGGAAGAUAAUCUAAGGGGUGAACCAAAUCUCUCCCAUGGAGAUUAUUCACAUUAUGUGGUUUGACAUAAGAAUUUAUAAAGCUGUCCAGCUAACAGAAAUGUGCUUAAUAAAAGAUUCUGACCUUGGGUAAGAAUUUGCUUUUUACCCUGUUGCUGGUUUCAUGUACGAACAUGAAUGAUGCAUGCACCUACCCAAAUGUUCUCUUCCCAGCACUCACUCAAUGUGAUACUGACUUGGUGUAACAGCCAGAUUUUGUGCCAGCUUCUCUUUUUCUGGAGGCUCCAAAGCUUCCAAGAUAAAUAAAAGACCAAAAGUUGCUUCUUUCCUCA